AUGUCAUAUUUUUAUGUUGAAGGACUUUCUUACAUUCCAAGUCCAAAAUGUGCAUAUCCUGCGUCCAAACAUGGUGUAGUUGGUUUUACAAGGUGUUAUGCAAAAGUGAGUAUGCCUGAACAUAUAGGUCUCCAUGAAUACUUUCUGAAAAUUCCAUUUUUAACACACUCUUAAGGUUCGGUUUAGACGCUGUACUUUUCAUGGCGUUGCAACACUCAUUAAAUGCAUUCUUAUUUUGUUUCCCUUUACAUGUGAUACAGGCAGCCAUGUUUUCAAAUAAUUCCCGUGCAGUGGUGCUAAUUUUCCCGCGCCGUAGGACGAGGACAAUAGAAAUAUACAAAUUUUACUAUCAUGAUUUUAUGCAUUAAUUUGGUACGACUAAUGACAAGCACGGCUGUAUGAAUCAACCUUUGCUUUAGCCUGAGAAACACGCAUGAAGCAGGCGAACUUUUUUAUUCAGCCGUGUUUAAUAUAAAGUCAUGUACAGUACUUAUUUGAUUCAGAUGUACGGCGUCUAAACCAGGCCUUCGUUAUAUACGAGUUUAUGAUUGUGCCGUUUAGAUUGCCAUUGAAUCCGGCGUACGUUUAAACUGUAUUUGUCCAUCCUUUGUUGAUACUGACAUGGUGAAGGAUCUUGCAGAAAGUGGUCCUGGUAUGAAACAAUACAUAGCCAAAGCUGGAGUAUGCAG